GCGCCUGUCAGUUUCCGGUUGAGAGCGAACGGAAGUGAACGAACCGUGUCUCUUUUUGCCCGUAACUUUAAUCAUGGCGGUGGGUAAAAAUAAGGGUCUUUCAAAAGGAGGUAAAAAGGGAGUGAAGAAGAAGAUUGUUGAUCCUUUCACUCGUAAGGAUUGGUAUGAUGUUAAGGCUCCAUCUAUGUUUACCAAUCGUCUGAUUGGUAAAACAUUGGUUAACAGAACCCAAGGAACAAAGAUCGCCUCUGAAGGACUGAAAUACAGAGUAUUUGAAGUCUCUUUGGCUGAUUUACAGAAUGAUGGCGAUGCUGAGAGAUCCUUCCGUAAAUUUAGGUUAAUCGCAGAAGAUGUUCAGAAUCGUGGUGUUUUGACCAACUUCCACGGCAUGGAUUUGACUACAGACAAAUUGAGAUCCAUGGUUAAAAAGUGGCAGACCCUAAUCGAAGCUAAUGUCGAUGUGAAAACUACAGAUGGUUAUCUUCUUAGAGUUUUCUGCAUUGGUUUUACAAAUAAAGAUCAACUGAGUACUAGAAAAACAUGUUAUGCCCAACAUGCACAGGUUAAAAAAAUCAGGCAGAAAAUGGUAGACACGAUUACAAAUGAUGUUACGAAAAGUGACCUGAAAGGUGUUGUCAGCAAGCUUUUGCCUGAUGCUACGGCUAAAGACAUUGAAAAAGCUUCGCAAGGAAUUUACCCACUUCACGAUGUUUAUAUCCGUAAAGUCAAAGUAUUGAAGAAACCACGUUUUGAAUUGAGCAAACUAUUGGAAUUGCACGGCGACGGUCCCGGGAGCAAGAGCGAAGACGCAGGAGAAAGUGGCUCGAAGGUUGACAGACCAGAAGGCUACGAACCACCUGUACAGGAAUCUGUUUAAGGGGUUAAUUCUCUUUGAAUAUUUGAUAUGAAUAAAAAUCACAUGUCAGUGCGAAAA